CUUCAACUUUGUGUAUCAGGAGGACAAAACAGGGCUUUCACAACUGAUCAACGCCUACAGCUACACGGUACAACGUAGCAAACCUUUCCUCUUUUAAUCCGUCGAAAACUCGGAAAACCUUACAAAGCAGUGAAACAGCCUCGACCAGCAAAUCUGACAGCUGAGGGGAAAAACAAAAGCAGAAACAAAAACCCAGCAAAUAGAGAUUAUUCCAGGGAGUCGGGGAGACAAUAGAAAGCUGAUGAAUUGAUGAGAGGACUAAGCAAUUAGAAGAAGAAAAAGGAAGGAAUUAUCAGAUCAAUAGCUAAGCUUUACCUAAUUUCAAUAUCAAUGGCCACAGUAACAAAAAGCAGUGUGGUGAGGGUGAAGCCGAGCCAUCAAGAUGGUUCUUCGAAAGCAAAGGUUGAUUCUUCUUCUGCCAACAAGAAGAAGAUUGAGAGCUCAAACAAGCAGCCUGUUGAUUCAAAGCAGAAAUCUGUGACUACAGCUGUAAAAACUGAGGUAAAAUCGAAAACAGCAUCAGCAUCAGCAAAAACAACAACAAAGACAACUACCAAAGUAAAAUCAAAAACAGCAUCAGCAUCAGCAUCAGCAAAAACAACAAAAACUACUACCAGAGUAAGAGAGAAGAAAGUGUACACUUUGCCUGGCCAGAAAUAUGAUCCUCCUGAAGAGAGAGAACCACUGAGGAUUUUCUAUGAGUCAUUGUCGCAACAGAUCCCCACAAGUGAGAUGGCAGAAUUCUGGAUGAUGGAGCAUGGCUUGCUUUCCCCUGAAAGAGCUAAAAAGGCAUAUGAGAAGAAGCAGAGAAGGCAGAAACAACUUCGGAUGGGAACUCCUAUUAAAUCUCUAAAACCACCAAGUAGACCUGAGAGUUCACAGAAGCAGCAGCAGGCAUCAAAGAAUGGCAUUUUAAAAGCUAAGAAAAGAAUAAUUAAUGACAGUGACGACGACGAUUUCAUUUUGAGUCCCAAGAGAAGGAAAGGGUAAGAAGAAAAGCGAUUGCAGUAGCGUAAUACUUGAAUUUGCUUCAUUUAGAUUCCUUUACGUUUUAACUGCAAAAACCCAGAUGUCUUGAAACAAUCUAACAAUUGAUAGACCAAGACUUUCUUUACAUUUUCUUAACUUGUGGGAAUAAUAUGACCAAAAACAAAUAAUGAAACCGCUUCUAUUUGGUUGUUCUCUA